UUUUAGUUUUGUUUCGUUUGCCGUCGUCCAAACUUUGGAAUGAACGUAGAUGCACUGAAUGACGCCAGUGUAUUUGCUAGUUCUGUGAGUCGUGCUGACUGACGUCUGACACUAGUGAUGUCCACUCGAGUCUUCAUCAAUGUGGACUUGGACCCCUUUUGUGCGGAGCUAGUGUUCCCAAAAGGUCUUGAUGUUGGAGGCUUUGUCUCUCUUGUUUUUGGCCGCUUCAGCCAGGAGGCUCCUCAUGGUGCACAAGACCAUGGAGUGCGUCAUAUCUCUCUCCAAUCUGCUGCAAGAGCCAAGUCUGGAAAAGAACAACCUCUGAAGAAAAAGGUGUUCAUCAGUGUGCCUUAUGGAGAGCGAAACCCUCUCUGCACGUUACGAGAUGCUCCGCUACCUGAGGACCUUGAGGAUAUUCCAGAUCCAUCCGACGAAGAAGCUGUGGAUGAUGUAAUCUUAGGUUCCAACAAAGGAGAUGGCAACAGGCAGUCUUCGAGGUCUGAAGAGGCUACCCCCACUGUGACCUCAGGCCUGCUGUGCCCGUCCUGCGGGGGUUGGUUUAGCAAUGCUGAGGUGUUGCAGCUGCACAAGGCCAUGAGUCAUGCCCGAGUCAACCCCAACAAGCCUGUCAAGACACUCUACGGCUGUAAGGACUGCAAGAAGACCUUCGGCACUAGCGCCGACUGCCUGCUGCACAAGUGGAAACACAAGCCAGAGUCUGAAUGGCCGUUCCAGUGUAAAUCCUGCAGUCGAGGCUUCAUCCGCCAGGCAGCCUUUGUGCGCCACCAGCAAACCCACGCCCUCGAGUGCAAGGAGUGCAACCGUGCUUUCACCGACCAAAAAGAGCUGCACGAACAUAACUUGACACACCAGAAUGGGCGUGAGACGUUCCUCUGUGUCCACUGUGAGCAGCUCUUCCUCAGCAAGGCUGGCCUGGCACGGCAUGUGGUGCGGUAUCACAAGAAUCUGUCAGCUGUGUCGACUGGUGAAAGAGUUAAUGAAGCAGACGGUGUAGAUCCAGAGACAGCUCCAGAGACAGCAGCCAUGCUGGAUUCUAUUCCGGUUGCACUGUCCUGUGACCAGUGCACCUUUGGCUGCUCACAGCCCACAGAAUUGGCACAGCACGUUGCAUCAAACCACCCCACGGUACCAAUAUUUAGGUGCAAAAAGUGUGAGCAGCCAUUCCUUAAGGAGGCUGAGUGUGACGAGCACAUGCAGCACAAGCAUCAGCUGCUUCAUGUGGAGCCGACUUCGGAUGGCAACUAUCUGUGUCAGAUCUGUGACCGCCGGUUGAAGACGUUCAGCGGCUACUGGGGACACCUCAGGGGCCACACAAAGGCCAAGCCAUUUUUGUGUGAUCAGUGCGGUCACCGCUACACCAGCCGGGGCAGUCUGACCAAGCACAAGCGCACCCACGACUUUGCCAAUGCCACCAAAUGUCCGCACUGCUCGAAGGAAUUUGCCACCCUCGACUACAUGCGCAAUCACGAGCGACUUGUCCACACCCGCAACUUCAAGUUUUCUUGCCGACUGUGUGGCCACAAGUUCCCAAACGAGCGCAAGCAGCAGACCCACAUGGCGGUGGUGCAUGAGCAGGAGCUGACGCGUGAGGAGCUGGACGCCAUGACGCGCGUGCGGCACUUGCGCUGCUCCGAUUGUUCUUUUGCCACUUACAGUGCCCUGCAGUUCCGCCAGCACCGGGCCACUCACACAGGGCGCUACCCCUUCUCAUGCACACAGUGCGAACGGGCUUUCACUUUCCGGUUCCAGCUGACAUUGCAUAUGCGGCGCCAGCACCGACCAGGCGGCCCACUGAUUUGUCCGCACUGCCCGCGACAUUUCGUCUCUGAGGAUGCUCACACUGCACAUGUGGCCUUGCACGGUGCCCCCCACGCAAAAGGCCUCGAGUGCACCCAGUGCAAGAAGCUGUACGAGACUCCACGGCUGUUGGAGAAGCACCAGGCCUCGGUUCAUAAUGCACAGGCAACACGUUUCACUUGCAACCUGUGUAGCAAGCGAUUUCGCACAUCCAGUGGCAUGGUGGCUCACAGAAGGGUGGCUCAUCUCGAUUCAUAUGGUGGUAAUGAAAAAACAUGUAAAUGCUAUCCCCAGGGGAAAAGUUGCAGCAUAUCUGUGUUAACCCUGUUGUUCUGCAGGAAGUAUGGAUGUUCACGGUGGAAGUACAGCUGUGAACCUUGUGGCCGUUUCUUCAAGUUUGAUGGCAGUCUUCGUGCACACCGGGUCUUCGUUCAUGGCAUUGAGGGGAAAACUGCCGAGGAGAAGUUCUGUCCAGAGUGUGGAAAAUCCUUCCAGACGGAGUUGAGCCUGGCAAUGCACUUCCGCACACACACCCAGGAGGUCAACUUCAAGUGCAGCGUCUGUAGCAAGAUCUAUCGCAGUCGCUGCAGCCUCAAGAAGCACAUUGCCACUGCGCACCGAUCAAGCCUGCGUGUAUUUUGUGCUGUCUGCAACCGGGGUUUCCUGAGCCAUGCCUCCAUGCUUCUGCAUGUUAAAUUUGCACACAAGGAUGGUGCCAAAGCCGGAGCAACAGCUGAAGUUAUUGUGAACCCUCCAGAGCCCUCUGCAGAUGCUCUGAUGUCAGUCACAAUGACAGGCGUCAACCCUGAACCAGCCACAGCCCCAACUUCAGCCACACUUUCUGUUGCGGACGCGGAGCCUGUGUCCACCGUGCCUUCAGUUCAAGUAGUGCUGCCCGCGUCGACUACGCCUUCAGUUCCAGGCAUGGCAGCUGCUCCCACUGUGUCUUCGCUUCCAGAUGUGGCAAAUUCAUCCUCUGUGUCCUCGGCUGCAUGCAUGACGGCUGCAUCCACAGUACUUCCGGUUCCAGAUGCAACUUCCUAUCCAGCGGCGGCCUCCAAUACAACAGCAGCUCCAGUUCAUAACGCGGCAGCAGCUGAAGCUUUGGUUUCCUUACCACCGCUGUCUCCAACAGCCAGCAGCAUAGUUGAAUUGGAGCCGGUGCAGGAGAUCACCGAGCUGACCCGAAUGGAGCCCGGAACUCACGAGCAUGCCGCCGUGGAGCACUUGUUUGCCAGCAUGCAGCAGCCUGCAGCCUCCUUGACUGUGGUGGCAGGUGGACCGUCGAUGACUGUUGUGGGCUCAGCGCAGCACAUGCUGCACAUGCUCUCUGUGUCCCAAGUUGAGGAAGUGGUCAGCGAGGUCUGCAUGCCUCAGAGCAGUUGUCCAAACGUGUGGUAGUUAAUGUGAGACUUGUUUAUGUGAAAGUACAUGAUAUAGAUUCUCGUUCUUAAAGUGCAAAGGGUCGUGUUGGCUGUUUAGCCCCAUGAGGAAAACCUGCAGUGUGUGCUCCGGACGCUAAGGACACAUGACGAGCCAUAAUUUCUUUUCUAUUUAUUUUUCGUUAAUGUGCCAUUGAAUGUUAUGAUCGCAUGUUUACUGCUCACUAUAUUUCCCAACAACAUGUAAGGUACAGUUGUGAGUCUAUAAAAAGGGGACAAUUUCAUUAGAUCUUCGUAUUCACGCAGGAAGAUGCCGGGGCUCAUAUCACGUAACAAUUAACGAGUUACAUAUUCCACUGAAAUCAUUAAUGUUAGUGACCCCUGAAGAUCAGGUUUGAGGUUGUGUAGGAAACCUUUUUUCUGUUACUCUCUGCGAGACAGCGAUUUCAGCAUUUUAAACCUUUAUCAUCUGCAACACAAGCUUACAAUCGAAGCAGAUGUAAGUCAAUUGAGGUGUAGAAACAACGUUAUAUAUUGUGUACCAUAUAUGUUGAAGUUAUUAUAUAGUAAGACUAGUUUUUAUUUGCAGUGUUUUCACACCGAGACUGUUGCAAAUUGUGCAAAAAAUUUUAAGAUCUUGUGAUAGUGUUCUUUUUUUUUUUUUAUGGUCACCAUGAUACUGAAAUAAAUGAGGCACCUAUGCUCCA